CGAGCAUGCGCAUUCGCUUGGCGGGCAACUACAAGUCCCGAUCAUGUUCAUCAAACAAAUCGUCAUUGACGGCUUCAAAUCGUACGCUCAGAGAACAGUCAUCGACGGAUUCGAUCCUCUAUUCAACGCCGUUACAGGCCUCAACGGCAGCGGAAAGUCAAACAUCCUGGACGCCAUAUGUUUCCUUCUAGGAAUCACAAAUCUUUCUCAAGUUCGUGCAACAAGUUUGCAAGAGCUCGUGUACAAAAGCGGUCAAGCGGGUGUAAUGAAAGCGACCGUAACGAUAACGUUCGAUAAUCGUGAUAAGCGGCAUAGUCCGUUGGGUUAUGAGAGUUUUGAUGAGAUAACUGUUACAAGGCAAGUUGUUAUUGGUGGGAGGAACAAGUAUAUGGUGAAUGGAGUGACGGCGAACAACUCACGUGUACAAGAUCUGUUCAGAUCAGUACAGCUUAACGUUAAUAAUCCUCAUUUUCUUAUCAUGCAGGGUCGCAUCACAAAAGUUCUCAAUAUGAAACCACCAGAGAUAUUAGCAAUGAUUGAAGAGGCAGCAGGCACACGUAUGUAUGAAAGCAAGAAAGCUACAGCUCAGAAAACAAUCGAGAAGAAAGACAGCAAACUGCAGGAAAUCAACGUUAUUUUAGCUGAAGAAAUAACUCCAACACUGCAGAGGCUUAGAGAGGAACGUUCUUCUUACUUGGAGUAUCAGAAAGUAACUCGUGAAAUUGAGCAUCUCACUCGUCUUGUCACAGCAUUCAGAUUUGUGCGAGCUGAUGAAAUUCGUAAGAGAUCAACAGCAGACGUGGAGGAAAUGACGAGUAACAUGCAACAACUAAAAUGUCAAGUCACGGAGAUUGAUAGUUCAAUGGAGCAGUUGAAUGAUGAAAUAAGAGAACUAGAGAAGAAACGAGACACGGAAUCAGGUGGUGCUCUAGAGCAACUCGAGAAGAGAGUAGAUGAAGAGGCAAAGGAAGUGGUGAAGGCAAAAUCAGCAUUAACUCAUUGGAAAGAACAAUUAGAUGGAGAGAAGAAGAAGAGGAAAGGCCUUGAAAAGACACUGACAGAUGACGAGGAAAGUCUGAAGGAAAAACAGAAGCAGUUGACGGUUCUUUCUGAUGAAUGUGUGAAGCUCGAAGACGAGAGCACUACUGCAAUGCAACACGUCAAAGAGAAACGAGAUCGUUACCAAGCGGUGUCUGCAGGAUUGACGGCAAGCGAUUCAGGAGAGGAGAAAACAUUGGCCGAUCAACUGAUUGGUUGUAAGGAGAGCAUCAGUGUUGCUUCAGCAGAAAUGCAGCAAGCGGAAAUGAGACUGAGUCAUGCAAGGGAGGAACUGAAGAAACAAAAAGGAGCAGUGAAGCACACUGAGUCAAGUUACAAGAAAGAGGAAUCACAGUUUGAAUCAGCAGCCAAAGCUAGAGAUACAUUACAGAUGGAGAUGGCAAGACUCAACUACAGAGAGGGAGAGGAGGAAGAACUAGCAUCACGAAGACGACAAGUUGAUACCGCAAUUCAUCAGCUGGAAAAAGGUCUUGCAGCUUUGGAAAGUCGAUUUCCUCACUUGCAUUUUGAGUAUGUUGACCCUGAAAGAGGAUUUGAUAGAAGAAAAGUUUAUGGUCCUGUUGCUAAGCUUAUCAAAGUGAGAGACGUGUCGCAUGCCACUGCAUUGGAGGUUACAGCUGGUGGAAAGCUGUACAACGUUGUGGUUGACACGGAAACAACUGGUAAGAAGUUGCUUCAAAAUGGCAAGCUGAAACGUCGCUACACAAUUAUUCCACUGAACAAGAUAGCAGCUAAAACGAUCAACUCACAAGCAGUGCAACGAGCUAAACAACUUGUUGGCUGUGACAACGUUCACACUGCUCUUUCACUCGUCGGUUACGAAGAUGACGUCGAGGCUGCCAUGCGGUUCGUAUUUGGGCGAACGUUUGUUUGCAGUACAAUGGACAGUGCCAAACAGGUGACGUUUGAUUCGAAAGUAAUGACUAGGUCUGUUACUCUGGAUGGGGAAGUGUUUGAUCCGUCAGGAACGCUGUCUGGAGGUGCUCGUCGUUCAUCUGGCACUGUGUUAGCCGCUCUUGAUGAGAUUCAAUCCAUUGAACAACAACGGAAUAAUGCUGUGUCUGAGCUGGCUGAUAUCAAUCAUCAGUUGGAAAACGUAAAGGCACGAGGCGCUCGAUACAACGAGAUGAGAAGAGAGUUGGAUGUGAAGAAACAGGAGCUGGACUUGCUGGAGAGCAACCUGAAGCAGACGAAACAUCAUCAGACGAUGGAAGCAGUCAGUUCACUAGAACAGACAAUAGCCGAACAAGAAGAGGUCUUGUGUGAGGCAAAGAAAAUUGUGAAGGAAUCAAAAGCAAAGUGCAAGGAACUUGAGAUGAAAAUGAAGGAUUCGUCUAGUUAUCGUGAACGUGAGCUGAAGAAAGCAGAAGAAAACUUGAAUAAAGCUCAGAAGGAGGCAGAAAGAGUUGGAAAAUUAAUGAAGUGUAAACAGCAGCAAGGCGAAGAGCUGAAGCUGGAAAUGCAGGAAAUGAGCAGAGAACUCGAGUCUCUAAAGAACCAAAUUGCAAAAUGUGAUGAAACCAUUGCUGACUUGAAUGCCACUGUUGAACAGCACAGGAAAGAGCUGGACAGGCGACAACAAUUGUGUGUCGCCGCGCGUGAGGCUCUUGCCACUCAAAAAGACAAGCUGAAAGCAUGCAGCAAGGAUAUCCUCGAACGCAACAAAGCAUGCAAAGCAAAGCAGAAGGAGAAGACAGCGACACUACUUAAGAUCAAGGAGCUCGAACACAACGUGCAACGGCACGAGAAAGAGACACGUGAAGCAGCACAGCUUGUCACACAGUUGAUGGAGAAAUAUGAUUGGAUUGAAAGGGAAAGAAAGUUCUUUGGGAAGGCAAACACUGCGUACGACUUUAAUGCUCACAAUCCAAAGGAGGCUGAAGCAAGACUUGGACAACUGGAGCAGCAGAAGACACAGUUGGCAAGGACAGUGAAUAUGAGGGCAAUGAAUAUGCUGGAAAAGGCAGAGGAGAGGUAUCAAGAUCUCAUGUUACGGAAAGAGAUUGUUGAAAAUGACAAACGCAAAAUUGCCAAUGUAAUUCAAGAGCUUGACAAGAAGAAGGAAGAAGCUUUACAUACAGCGUUCGGUAAAGUGAACAAGGAUUUUGGUUCUAUUUUUUCUGCGUUGCUGCCUGGUGCUGGAGCUCGUCUUUCACCACCUGAUGGCCUGACUGUAUUAGAUGGGUUGGAAGUGAGAGUGGCAUUUGGUGACGUGUGGAAGGAAAGUCUCACUGAGUUGAGUGGUGGGCAGAGGUCUCUUGUUGCUCUUUCUCUUAUCCUCUCACUUCUCCUAUUCAAACCAGCUCCUCUUUACAUUCUGGACGAGAUCGACGCGGCUCUCGAUCUCUCUCACACACAGAACAUCGGCCAGAUGCUCAGAAAUCACUUCCAACACUCACAGUUCAUUGUCGUCUCGCUAAAGGAAGGCAUGUUCAACAACGCCAACGUCCUUUACAAAACCAAGUUUGUAGACGGCGUCUCUACAGUCACUCGUUACACUCAGAAUGUUAGCACUGCUACAACAGCAGCAGCAGCAGCAUCAUCAGCAUCAUCAACCACGAGAGAAAACAAAGACGCUGGAUCGAAAGCAAAGAGACAGAGAAUGGGAUCAAAAGCAGUAUUGCAGCCUCACAUGGCAAACUAAGUGGUAACUACAAAAAAUGUAAUUGUGUCAGUGAGACUAGAUAGUAAUGAACGUCAUGGCAGUUCGUGUAGUUUGUAUUCGGUGUAUAGCCUCUGUGUUUCUUCAUAAAUUGGCUUCAUCAAGUCUGCCAGUGAUCUGUAACACAUUCAUGUAACACGACAGUAGGAAUA